AUGAGAAUUUUAAUUGUAAAUGGCUACUCCAAGAAUAAGUCAGGGAUUAAGAAAUUUGCAGAUUUUCAUUAUUUAAUUAUGAAGAUUAUGACUGAAUAAAAGGAGUUAGUUGAUACUGAAACAGAGUUUUUUAUUCGUGAUAAAAACAAUUUAGAUGACUAUUUAUACGAAAUAGAAAGCUCUCAUUUAAAAAAAGAAGCUGCAAAUAAUUUUGAUUAAUUAGAUAUGGUUUUUGUAAUUGGAGAUACUAAUGUGAGACCUUGGUCUCCUUCAAUGAGAAAAAUUUUAACCUUGAUGAGGAUGUGUUUAAGAGUAAAAAAAUAUCUAUUUGCUUCUGCUUGGGGCAUGCAAGCUUUAGUUUUUUUAAGUGCUUCAAAUAUGGAGAAAAAUAUUAAUAUCAUUAAUGGAAAUGGAGAUGGAGGAAAGCUAAGCGACAUUCAAACUACCAGUUCUAAUUUGAAGAGCAUAAAACCUUCAGACUAUUUUUUAGACAACACUACUGGUGAUUUGUACGGAUUCAAUUAUGAAACUAAUGAGUGGAUUCCAAAAGGGAACUGUGGUCUUCAUUCGAGGAGAUCUGCUUAAGAAUUUCAAUCCCUAGGCAAAUUUAUAUUAAAAGCUCCUGUUUAUAAACCAAACACAGAACAUAAAGAGAAAUACAAGCUUUAUAAGUCAAGAAAAUAUGAGGAAACAUGCAGAAUUAAAAAGAUGCACAUGCAUCACUGGGCUUUCUAAGAUUUGGAUGACGAAUUUAUAAUUCCAUUAAAGAAUAACUGGGAUAUUCAUACAUUUGCUUUCGUAAAUCCAUCUAAACAUUUCAACGUUCUUGCAGAUUCCGAAAGAGGAGCUAUAGUUGUAGAAAUGGAAAACAUACUUGCAGUACUGUUUGCAACUAACACUAAAUAUCCAAACACAAUAUAAAUUCUCAGAAAUUUUAUCUGGAAUACUUUGAAAAAAAUAAAGUCUCAUCAAGGGUAAAAUGCUCCAAGUAUUUCCUCUUUUUAGUUUAUUUAGAAAGAGUCAACUAUAGAAGAAACACUUAGAAAGUAAAAAGAGAAGGGAAAAAGAAUGGCUCUUGUUUUGCUGAAUAAAAGAGCAUCUUAAAUGGGAUUUCAUUAAGUUGAAUCUGAUGACAAUAAAACAUACACAAAAAGUGACGUAUUUUUACAUGUUGGAUAUUCUGCAAAAAAGUCUCAUGUGCCUCAGUUCGUCUUCCACAACAUGGUUAAUGAUAAAAAAUUGAAGAUCAAGGAAGGUUAGUUAAAAGUAUCACAAAAUGAUCCUGCCAACAAUAGGUACUUUGACAAUGAAGAUUUUGACAUAAUUGAUGAAAAUCAAAGUACAAUUCUUAAGAAUACUUAGACUUUUACUGAUUUUCAUACAAAACCAAAUGAAACAAUUACUGAUAGCAACACAAAACCUUCUUAGAGCUAAAGAAAAUCAAUGCAAUUUAAAAUAUCACUUAAAAAACAAGAGAAUUUGUACACAUCAGGAGGAAUACGAAAAUUUUUGCAUCCUACAAUUUCAAAUGAAUUACUCGAUUUUAACAAGUUGUGGGUUCCAGGAAAUUUGUCGAAUCCUGAAAAUAAUUUAAAAAGAGGUUUAUUUGUGCCCAAUCAAACAGGAGUUUCUUUUAUGUCAAACAAAACAAGGAAAACAAACUAAUCAAGGCUAUAGACUACUGAUUCUUCUACAACUCUAGUAAAAAGUAGGACUCAGAGAGGCAAAGAUUUCGGAGAAUUUAAAUCACUUUUUGUUGAUUCUCCAUACAUAUCUCCUGACGAAAUCUACAAAAAAGAUAUAAAAGAAAAGAAUGAAAAAAUAAUAGGUGAUAAAGAUUUUAGAGUUGGAGCUGCACAUUAUGAUCACAACUCAAUUUAUAAAAGUUAAUCAGACUUUAAUUCUGGAUGUCCUCCUUCCAGCUAUUUUAGACAUUAAUUCAGAAUAUAAAAUAAAAAUAAAUGGAUAACAGAAUAAAACUUUAAACUUGUUUGA